AUGAUAAAUCUGACCACCGGGACCGGUCCAGUGAUGUCGAUUGCCUUAAUACUCCUCACCAUCGUGGGGCAAGUUAUACUGACUUCCGGUGGUCAGUACGAAACCAACCGGAAGCUGAUGGUCGGUGCGAUUGGAGCAGCGUUGCAGCAGAUCGAUAACCCGUUGAAAGUGACGUUUUUGACCGACUGUUGGACCCAAGAGCAAAGGCGCCAUGUGUACACUACAAUUGGAUUACUAGCCGGCCAGUAUCUCUAUCGGUUUACUUCAUCGAGAAAUGCGACCAUUGAAGCCUUGUUUGCCGUGCUCGAUGAAGACAUCGAGAGUCAUCAGACACUGAUUGUGUUGGAUUUGAGCUGCAACGCUUCCGAACGAUUACUGUUGGAAGCCGGCGCGCGGCUUUAUACGAAGCUUCGCUGGUUACUGGUGGACUCACGGUUAGCGGAAACCCCAAACUGGGAGCAGUGGCAGGUAUCAUCAUACUUGGAAGUCUUGAACCACUGUCCAGUGCUUGUGAGUAGUGAAGUGUUUGCGAUCAUUUACGAGAGCGACCAUGCGGUACGUGUGGUGCAAGUGUACAGGGUAUCACCGGACUCUGAGCUGCUGCUCGAAGAUUAUCUCCGAUGGCGCUCCGAUGUCGAUGGUGUCCGGAUGGUCCGAGAAGAUUUGCGUAUCGAGCAGGUGACGGCAGUAAGGCGCCAAAAUUUACAUGGCCACACUCUGAGGGCUUCGAUGGUCAUCACCAAUCCGGAAACCAUUCAUCAUCUAUCAGACUAUCGGUAUGUGAAUAAGCACAUCGACACGAUUACGAAGGUAAACUACAUUCUCACCAACUAUCUGGCCGCGUAUCUCGGUGCGUCGGUAAAUUAUUCGCGUGUCGCGACGUGGGGCUACUACAACAGUACGACCGGUUUGUGGGAUGGUAUGAUCGGUGAGCUGGUACACGGUGCGGCCGAUCUCGGGUCCUCUCCGCUCUUCUUCACCACCGAUCGGAUCGCCGUGAUCGAGUAUCUGGCCAUGACGUCCCAGACGCGCUCGAAGUUUAUCUUCCGUUCCCCGAAGCUUUCCUACACGGACAACGUGUUCGUGUUGCCCUUCGACACGAAAGUUUGGGCCUGCAUUAUUGCAGUGAUUGUCGGUUCAUCUCUGUUGCUCCUGCUGACGCUCUGGGCAGAAUGGCAUGUAACCGGUAGCGAGGCAGCUAAUCCGCCGACAAACGCAGACGCAGCAACACUGUCGCCGAAUCUGCGCGAUAUUUUCCUAAUGAUGUACGGUGCAUCGUGCCAGCAAGGAUCGUCGAUGUUGCCCCUUAGCUGUUCGGCCCGUGCCAUCACGAUGCUCAUCUUUACCGUGCUUAUGUUCCUGUACGCCAGCUAUUCGGCUAACAUUGUCGCUCUGCUCCAGAGUCCCUCGACGAAGAUUAGAUCACUGGAGGAUUUGUUGGCUUCUCGGCUCAAGUUCGGCGUUCACGAUACCGUCUUCAAUCGGUACUACUUUACGCACGCCACGGAACCGACACGCAAGGCACUGUACGAACAGAAGAUACACGGUGGUGGUACAGGUGGGGAUGCAUUCCUCGAUCUGGAUCAGGGCAUCGAGCGGAUCCGGCACGGUCUGUACGCGUUUCAUGUGGAGCAGGGCGUCGGGUAUAAGGUGAUCAGCGAGACGUACCAGGAGGAUGAGAAAUGUGGUCUGCAGGAGAUCCAGUACCUGCAGGUGAUCGAUCCGUACUAUGCAAUUCAGAAGAAUUCGUCGUUCAAAGAGCACAUUAAGAUCGGACUGUUUCGACUGAACGAGCAUGGUAUUCAGUACCGCGAAAACGCCAAACUGUACACGAAGAAACCGAAAUGUUCCGGAGGUGGCGGUAAGUUCGUACCGGUGAGUAUGGUCGACGUUGAGCCCGCCGUUUGGAUCAUCCUCUGGGGUACCGGUCUAGCGAUGGCGUUCUUUCUGACGGAGUGUCUGUACCUUCACGUGAAGCAAAAGUGGGCAGGGUUUGUAAAAUAA